UUAAAGGAUGUAUGAUUACAAAGCUAUACGAAUAGCAUAUAAAAGCAAACGAUAUAUUGUGCAAUCCAUGAAAGAAUUAAUCAAACUAUAUAGUAUUUAAUAUGUGGAUCUUUGAAUUAAACUAAGUUUUGAUGAGGUUUUAGGAAGGAGGGUGAACCUGGUGCGUGCAAUAAAAUAGUUUAGCUUGUGUCUCACAGUCACAGCAGCUUCUUCUCCCAGCUCCCCCCACUGCUAGUGCUUAGAUAGGGACCCGACUCCGAAGAAGAAUAAUGUUCUCGGAGUCAGUACCUCUCAUAGUCAUCGCAUCACUACAAAAGAGUACGAACCAUGAAUCCCCAUCCCUCUACUGAUCUGCUCCGCUUCCCCUGCAUUUCCCCCUCUUUCCCCGAUUCGACCUUGCUCUCGAUCGUAGGGGCAACAAUGGAACCUAGGGCUCUCGCCGACCGUGACCCAGCUCAGCCUCAGCGGCCGCCGCCGCCGCCGCCGCCGCUGCAGGAGGCGGCGCAACACUGCCGGAUCCGCCGCCGCCGCCUCCGCGGAGCCGGAUCGUCCUCGAGCUCGGUCUCCUCCCUCUCUACCUCCUCCCCUUCGUCCCUCGCCGUCGCGACGCCCCCAUUCGCCUCCCCUUCCCCCUACCACCGCUUCCUCUCCCCCGAUCUCCGCUCCUACUCCUCCAUCCCCUUCUCAUGGGAGCACCGCCCCGGGAUCCCCAAAAACCCUAACCGCAUCCACCCCCCGACCCUCCCGCUCCCCCUCCCUCCCCCCGUCCUCCGCACGCCGCGCUCCAAGAAGCGCCCCGACGCCGCCGCCGCCGCCCCGGUGGCCGCCGACCCCUUCACCGCGGCGCUCGCGGAGUGCGCCCGGGACCAAAGCGGCGGCGACCUCGACCGGCUCUGGGGGGGCGCGGAGGAGGCGGCGCGGCGGCGGUGGCGGCGCGCGGCGCCGAUCGUGGCGGCGAUCGCGGACCGGUUCGGGGUGCUGGAUCUGUACGGGUCGUGCAAGGCCGCGUGCUCCGUCGCCGACGCCAACGUCUGCGUGCCCCGCCCCGGCCGACGCCGCUCCGGCUCUUACCCUUUGCCGUAGCGCCUCGAUGGAUCCGACGGGAGCUGAGCGAGCCCGGAUCCAAACGAACCCCCCCGGUUCGAUCCGAGGUAAGUAUAUAAAUAAAAUCACCCAACAACAAAAUAUUCAAAGUGAACAUUGUGAAAAUAAUUAGUGACUCGUUAAUGUGUUCUAUGAGCGUCGUUCUAGUUCUUUAAAUCUUAAUCCUAGUCUAUUUGUUUUUUUUUUUUUUUUUGAGAAAAAAUUCUAGUCGAUCUAUUUGUUCGUAACAUGAAAUCCGCACGCAGUAAGUAGGCUGCGUUGUUUCUCCACUCGGAAAAGUUGUGAGAUAUUUAGAUUUGGUUCGGUAAUAAAGUUUCCUCUCUUUCUAAGACUAAUUUCUUUUUUUCCCUUGUGGAAAAUAUACUGUGGUAUAUUACCGUACCAUUUCACCGAUAAAUAUCUAAUUACUUUUCAGCGUAAAAUAAUCGUUUUAUCUUUUUUUUCCUUCUGUGGACUUAUUUUUGUAGUGGAGUGCACAAAACAGCAACAUAUCUACUUUUUUGUGUAAAAUAAGCAUUUGAUCGUGUUGUUGUUGUUGUUGUUGUUGUUGUUGUUGUUGUUGUUUGUGUGUGUGUGUGUCUGUAGCGGAGUGCACAAGCAGUGGUGAAAAGAUAAUUUCAAAAGAGAAAAUGCUCAUGUUUAGAUUUUUGUGGUUUGUGAAAGUGCAAAAAUGAGUCAUUAGUUCGGGUACCAAGUCCCAUUGUUGGUA